AUGGCCAGGAGAGCCUCCGCUUCCCCGUCCCCUUCCCCGCUGGACGACCUGGACCUGAGCGGCGAGGAGGUGCGGCGCCUCACGUCGGCCUUCCGGGACCCCGAGUUCAGGCGCCUGUUCUCCGAGUACAGCCGGGAGCUCACGGACCCGGAGAACCGGCGGCGCUACGAGGCGGAGAUCGCGGCCCUGGAGCGCGAGCGCGGGGUGCAGGUGCGAUUCGUGCACCCGCAGCCGGGCCACGCGCUGCGCACCAGCCUGGACGGGGCGCGGCGCUGCUUCGUCAACGUGUGCAGCAACGCGCUGGUGGGCGAGCCCCGCGGCCGGCCGGGCUCGGGGGGCAGCCGGUGGUCCCUGCCCUACAGCCUGGCCCCGGGCCGCGAGUACGCGGGGGGCGGCGGCGCGCGCUACACCGUCUACGACGUGGUCUUCCACCCCGACGCGCUCGAGCUGGCCCGGCGGCACGACGGCUUCCUCCGGAUGCUGGACGCCACGGCGCUGGACGCGGUGGAGCGGCAGUUCCAGGUCCGGCUGGACCGCAGGAACGUCAAGACCCUGAAGGGCACCAAGUACAAGGGCACCCCGGAGGCGGCCGUGCUGCGCUCGCCCCUGCCCGGCGGCGCCCCGGCCCGGCCCGAGGAGGAGCCCGGGAGUCCGCUCCUGCAGUUCCCAUACCCCUAUCCCGAGAUCGCCGCCCGGAGCUCCGCGGAGGCGGCGGCUCCGGAGCCCCGUGCACACUUCUCCGGGUCGGCCCCGGCGCCCACCGAGCCCCGCUACGAGGUGGUGCAGCGUCACCACGUGGACCUCCAGGACUACCGCUGCUCCCGGGAUUCGGCCCCGAGCCCCGUGCCCCAGGAGCUGGUGGUGACCAUCGAGCUGCCGCUGCUUCGCUCGGCCGAGCAGGCGGCCCUGGAAGUGACGGGCAAGCUGCUGAGCCUCGACUCGAGGAGACCCGACUACCGGCUGCGGCUCAAGCUCCCCUACCCGGUGGACGACAGCCGCGGUCGAGCGCAGUUCAAUAAAGCCCGGCGGCAGCUCAUCAUCACCCUACCGGUGGCGGCGGAAGCCGCGCGACUGGUAUCCACUUUGGAGCCGGAAAAAGAACCCGCCGGAAGUGACGGAGCGGAGGCAGGAAAUGACGUAACAGACAACGCGCCCGCCGGUAACGAAGAGAUGCGCGAGGCCGGAAGUCUCGCGAGAGGAGACUCGAGUCCCGCCGCCGCCGCCUUGGAGACCGACGAAGCGUUCGUUUCCCCUUCGGGGAGUCCGGUAGCGGCAGCGCCGCCCGAAGCUGGGGUUUUCCGGUGCUUUUCAUCCGGGGAGCCUACCGGAGGCAUGUGCGGAGGUCUGGCUUCGGAGGCGCGCGCGGCCCCGUUGGAUGGAGCCAUGGGCGGCCCCGGGGCUGGCAGUGGGGAGGAGGCUUUGUGCCCGCCUCUGCACUGUGCUCAGGAUGCGGAGACCCUGACCCUGCUCGUGCGCGUGCCCCGCAUCCGGCCGCAGAGUCUCCAGGGCAACCUGAGCCCGCUCUGCUACCGGGUCCGCUUCUCCACGGAAGACGCCUCCGCGCCCUACGCCUUCUCGCUGCAGUUUGCCCCGGAGAACCGGUUGAGCCCCCGGGAGCCCGUCGUGGACGUCUCUCCGAACAACGCGGUGAUCGGAUUAGCCAAGUCUCCGGGGAGCUACGGGCUCUGGAGAGAGUGGUACUGCGGUGUAGACGACGAUUCUCUGCAGGAAAGGCUGUUUAUUAAUGAAGACAAUGUUGAUGUGUUUCUUGAAGAAGUCACGAGCACUCCAUCUAAACAGACCAAACUUCUAACCCCACCAUUAAUUGAAGUUCUUCAGAUUACUGAUAGCAAAAUUCAAAUUCAUGCAGAGUUCCAAGAAAAUAGUAACUCUGAUCUGCUUCAUGAAAAAGAAGAAAGAGUCAGUGAAGGAAGUCAUCUGACAGAAAAAGAAAAUAUAACUUCUACUACCUCAAAAAGUGAUUCUGAUUCAUCCUCUGCUGUUAAAGCACCAGAAACAGAAGAUUGUAGUUCAGUUGUAUGCUUGCAACAAGAGUCUACUAAUGGUUCUCAAAUACCCUCAGGAAAGUCUCAGCAGCCUCAAUCAGAAAUGAAGCCUGAAUAUAUACAAGAAGUAUGUACUAUUUGCUCAGAGGAGGAUAAAGAUAGUUUGAAAGAAACAGAAGUAACCGAAGAGAAAAACUUAGAUGGAGAUCAACCACCUUCAACACCCAAUAAAACUAGAGUUCUCAAUGUAGCUGGUUCUGAAACCAUUAAAGAAACCAAUCUUCAGGACGGUAGUGUGCAAAUUAUUAAGGAUCAUGUGACUAAUUGCGCAUUCAGUUUUCAGAAUUCUCUGCUAUAUGACUUGGAUUAAUUCUAUAUGUGUCUAGAAGGCAAAUGCUAAGAACACGACAUUUUUGGGACUUAAAACAGAUUAUUUCUGCUAAAGAUUCUUUAAUUGAGGUGUGCAAGAAAGUAUAAAAUUUUAACAUUUGGAGGCUGCAGAGACUACAGCUGCUAAGGCUCUUGCCUU